AUGGAUUUAAAUGCGUCUGAAAGUGAAGCAUCAUAUUUAAUGGCUAAAAUAUGGAUUCAGUGUGAUUCUCAAAACUGUCUGAAGUGGAGACUUGUGCCACAUAAAGAUACAAUCGAUUUAGAUUGUAAAAAGCCGUGGUACUGUCACAUGAACCAAGAUCCAUUUUAUAGUCACUGUUCUGUUCCGGAGGAGAAAUUUCCUAAUGAGGCAGACCUUCAUGAACAUGGACUUAAGUUUGUAUAUUCAGAACUUCCAGUGGGGAGUCUGGUAAUGAUUAAGGCAAACAAAUGGCCAAGAUGGCCUGCUAUUCUGUGUCCUGAUCCUUGUUCUGGAAAUUAUCUGCACUUUGGUUUAGAUGGACAUAUAGAAGAAUACCAUGCUGAAUUUCUUGGAAAUCCUCACUCAAGGUUUUGGGCUUCAGUGAAACACAUUGACCAUUUCCAUAUACCAACACCGAAAAAUUUGAAUGGCCUGAAGAAGUCUUAUGAAGCUGCUUUAGAAGAAGCCAAAGGUAUCCAGGGUCUUAAGUGUGAAGAGAGGCUUCAGAUGUGCCACUCCCUUGUUCCAGAAGUGCUGUCUCAGGCUAAAGCAUUAAUGACAGACCUGGAAGAGAUGAUUAGGCAGUUUACAGGGAAAGGAAACACUGACUGUCAGUCAGCACAGAACAACUCUGAAAUAGAAGAAGGGCAAGCUAACAAGAUAUUUAAAAGUCAGAUGAUUGCUGAAGAAACACUUGAGGAGAAGGGUGAUCUUCUUAUUAUAGAUGGAAUAACAUUUAAGAUAGGGACCUGCAUGGAGGAAAUAACAGACAAGUUUGACCAGAUACUUCUGGCAGAAUUUAGAUAA